AAGAGUUAAUAGCAAUGGAAUCGAGAUUGGAUCAUUACGAGAUCAUGGAACAAAUCGGCCGUGGAGCUUUUGGCGCUGCCAUUCUCGUUUAUCACAAGACCGAGAAGAAAAAGUAUGUGUUGAAGAAGAUCAGAUUGGCGCGGCAAACGGAGCGUUGUAGGAGUUCUGCACAUCAAGAAAUGGCACUUCUUUCGCGAAUUCAACACCCUUACGUUGUUCAAUUUAAGGAAGCCUGGGUUGAGAAAGGUUGCUAUGUUUGCAUUGUUACUGGAUACUGCGAAGGUGGAGAUAUGGCUGAAUUGAUGAAAAAAUCAAAUGGGAUCUAUUUCCCCGAGGAGAAGCUCUGCAAGUGGUUUGUGCAGCUACUUCUGGCAGUUGAAUAUCUGCAUUCAAAUUUUGUUUUGCAUCGUGACAUAAAGUGUUCCAAUAUUUUUCUUACCAAAGAUGAAGAUGUCAGGCUAGGGGAUUUUGGGCUUGCUAAAACUCUAAAGGCAGAUGAUUUGGCUUCCUCGGUGGUUGGAACUCCCAAUUACAUGUGUCCUGAACUGCUUGCAGAUAUUCCUUAUGGUUUUAAGUCUGAUAUCUGGUCUCUGGGGUGCUCUAUGUAUGAGAUGGCUGCUCGUCGCCAUGCUUUUAAAGCUUUUGACAUGGCAGGGUUGAUAAGCAAGAUAAAUCGUUCCUCUAUCGGCUCUUUGCCUUCUUGCUAUUCUCCAUCAUUGAAAGCAGUUAUCAAGGGCAUGCUAAGAAAGAAUCCAGAGCAUCGACCAAGUGCAUCAGAGCUUUUGAAGCACCCUUAUUUGCAGCCAUACGUUGAUAAGUAUAGUCCAUCAUUCAGCUUCCUUUCGAAGAACUGCUGCGUGGAUAAGCAUAUUACCACUGGUCGUGGUAAUAGGAAAAAUUUCGCCGAGAGUCAAAGUAAUGGUAAAUCCACUGACAUGGAUUCCAAUUCUAAGGAAGAAGAGAUCUGUUCCAUUAUAUUCACUGGUAAAAUUGAUGAAAAAGGAAUGCCGGAAUCUUCUCAGGUGGAACAGGGAUCUAAUGUUCCAUCAAAGCAACUAAAAACCAUCAAAAGCAUAGUAACGACUUUGAAAGAAGGGAAAGUAAGAGAAAGUGGUUCCCCUAUGAGAGGUAGCCGUACAAAAGCUGCAGGUGGAUUGACUCAAAGAAAUAAUAUAGAGGCGUCACCCAAAGUUCUCAAAUCUCCUGCUCCAACUCCAGGUUCAAAAUCUAAUGCAAAUACACCAACUGUUGCUUCAGCGAAAUUACUAUUAGAUUGUGCAAACAAGAUGCCGGGAUCACACCAUUUGAAGCAGCAGUUAGGUGUAAUUGAACCCUCUUCCCCUAAGACCAAACCUAGACAAGAAGGGUUUCUUCCACCUGCAAUGGGGAAACAUGUUGCUGAAGAUGAUCUGCCUUCUAAAAACAGAAUUACUUCCAAUGUUGCAAGAAGAUCAUCUGUUACAGUAAAAAUGAAGCAUGCUGGAAGUGAUGUUUCAAAUGGGGCAAGUAACAGAACCUUAGGAUCUUCAGAAGCAAACCAGGGUUGUGAGGCUAUUUCCCACCAACUGCCUAACGGUUACCCUACAAAUGCUUCUGGUGUGGUAAAACAAGACACUGAGAUAGCACUAAGUGGGGCUACCAAGACGGUGCAGACAGAAAACAGCACUUCUGUCUCACCUGCAACCUCAAUUCAAGCACUUGAGGUUUGCGAUGGUGCAACAACCACUUUUAUUGACACAACAAAACAGACGCAGGAUCAUCAGAUGAUUGCCGACAUCAAGAGCUUUGAAUCACAUCCACCAUGCUGCUCACCUGCUCUGAAAUCAGAGAUGCAUGAGGUUCUGUUGAAAGAAGGCUACAGAUUCGAUCAUGAAUCUGUCAUGUUUUCAACUGAAGAAUCUGGUCCAGCUCAGGCUCAUUUCACUUCAGUUGAUGAAAAAGCGAGUCCAGAUGCCCCUUUGGACCUUCCAUACUCGAUUUCUGAAGAAAAUUUUGUUAAUAAGGAUGAGACUACUGCAACCAGGACAAUUAGUAGGGAUGGUGCUCAUUUAAAGCAGACAUUUAGUAGGGAUGAUACUCCUUUAAGCCGAACAAGUAGUAGGAAUGAUUCCCCUAUGAGUAGCCCAAGUAGUAAAGGUGGUGCCCGUAUGAGCAGCAGCUCAAGCACUUGGGAGUAUGCUCCAAUUACCAGGCCAAGUAGCAGUAAUGAUGCUCCUAUAAGCAGUUUAAAUAUUAGAGAUGAUGCCCCUAUAAGCUGGUUAAGUAUUGGGGAAAAUUACCCUUUAAGUGGACCAACUGCUGGGGAAGAUUCCCCCACUAGAAGACUAAGUAGCAGUGAUGAUGCCCCAUUAAGCAGGUUAAGUAUAAGGGACGAUGCCCCUACAAGCAGGUUAAGCAUUGUGGAAAAUGUCCCUGUAACUUGGGAAGAUUGCCUCACCAUCAGGCUGGAUGAAACUAUGGCAGGCGGACCUAGUAGUAAGGUUGAUGUGAUGCUUCAUUCAAAUCUUUCUUUGCCUGCCAGUGGUGAGGAUAAGUUCACUAUAUUGGGACUUCCCUCAUCAAUUGCAGAAACUGUGCCUUGCAUUGCCUCAUCAAUUUCAUCCAGCCCGAAGAAUUCACAACCAGAUAGAGGAACAAAUGUGUGCGAUUCAACAGUCGAAACACCAGAUACUGCUUGUCCUCCAGCAUUUGAUGAUGAUGUUAUCUAUGUUAUAAGGCAAGGUAACUUCCCUGUUGGCAUUGAGCAGUCCCGUGAUGGAAAAGUAGAAAUGGGUGUUCAAAAUGUGGAUGUUGAGAAACUCAUAAAUGCUGCGAUGGAUGAAUUGGGUUCAAGAAAUAUUACUAGAGCAGUGACCCCUACAUCAAGUUUCUCUGAGGCAAUAAGUUCAACACCAAAUGUUUCGGAUGGUUCUGGUGACAAAGAAAUAGGUGGUAGGAACUCUAUUCCCUAUGGUGUUAAAGAAAUGGAUACUAGGUAUUGCACUUCCUCAUCUCCAGAACUCAUAAAUGUUGUGAGGGAUGAAUUGGAUAUGAGAACCAUAACUAGUCCAGUGGUUCUUAUGUCAAGUUGCUCUGAAGCUUUAAGUUCAAGAUUAAAUGCUUCAGAUUAUUCUGGCGUCGAAGAACUGGAUGUUAGGAACUCCAUUCCCUCUGGUGUUAAAGAAAUGGAUACUAGGAAUUCUGUUCCUUCAUCUCCAGAACAUGUAAAUGUUGCUAAGGAUGAACUGGAUAUGACAAAUACGACUAGUCCCGUGACAGUUGCGUCAAAUUUAUUUGGAGCUUUAAGUUCAACCCCAAAUCCCUCUGGUGUUAAAGAAAUGGAUAUAGGCAACUCCAUUUCUUCAUCUCCAGAACCCAUAGAAGUUGUGAGGAAUGAAUUGGAUAUAAGAAAGUCGACUAGUCCAGUGACCGUUACAUCAAAUUUCUCUGAAACUUCAAGUUCAACACCAAAUAUUUUGGAUUAUUCUGGUGUCAAAGAAAUGGAGGGUAGGAACUCUGUUCCCACUGGUGCUCAAGAAAUGGAUAUUGGGAACAUCAUUUCCUCAUCUCCAGAACCCAUGAAUGUUGUGAGGGAUGAAUUGGAUAUAAGAAACAUGACUAGUCGAGCAAUCCUUGCAUCAAGUUCCUCUGAAGCUUCAAGUUCAACACCAAAUAUUUCGGAUUGUUCUGGUGUCAAAGAAAUGGAUGUCAGGAAUUCCGUUCCCUCUGUGGUUCAAAAAACGGAUGUUGUGAACUCCAUUUUCUCAUCUCCAGAACCCAUAGAUGUUGUGAUAGAUGAAUUCAAUGUGAGAACCAUGGCUAGUCCAGUGACCCUGGCAUCAAGCUGCUCUGAAGCUUUAAGUUCAACACCAAACGUCUCAGAUAAUCCUGGCGUUAUAGAAACGGAGGUUAGGAACUCCAGUACCUCAUCUCUAAAAUCCAAGUCAUUGGAGCCUGUGAAGACACCGGCAAAGGAAACUUUGGAUGUCAAUUCUUUUAGGCAAAGGGCAGAAGCACUUGAAGGGCUUCUUGAAUUGUCAGCUGAGUUACUGCAUCAAAACAGAUUGCAAGAGCUCUCCGUCGUUUUGAGGCCUUUCGGCAAAGCUUUGGUGUCCCCAAGGGAGACGGCGAUCUGGUUAUCAAAGAGUAUGAAAGGAAUGAUGACUGAGGACCGCGAACGGAGUUCAUGAAGUACCUGUUUCCGGGAUGAGCUUUCUUUUUCUCUUUGCUAACUUAUUCACAUUGCUGUUGUAUUUGUUAACUCCUUAAUCACAACGUUUAUCU